GCGCCUGCGCGCUGGGGGUGAUGGCGGCGGGCGCUCUCCGCGGUGUCCUCUGGCCCCGGGCGGCCGCCGGGCUCAGGGCGGCCCGGGCCGCCUUGGCGGCGCCUUCGGGGGCGCGGGCGGCCUCGGAGAUGUCCAAGGACAUGAUGCCUGGGCCGUAUCCGCGGACUCCGGAGGAGCGGGCCGCCGCUGCGAAGAAAUACAACAUGCGGGUGGAGGACUACCAGCCCUACCCCGACGAUGGCAUGGGGUAUGGAGACUAUCCCAUGCUCCCUAAUAAGUCUCAAUAUGAGAGGGACCCCUGGUACCAGUGGGACCAGCCAGACAUGAGGCACAACUGGGGAGAGCCGAUGCACUGGGAUUUUGACAUGUACAUUCGGAACCGGGUUGAUACGUCCCCCACUGUCGUUCCCUGGCACACCAUGAGCAAACACUUCCUUCUCUUUUUGAGCGUAAUGCUGAUCAUGUUUGGUCUUGGAGAGAUCUACCCAUCCUACAGGCCUGUGGGACCGAAGCAAUAUCCCUUCAAUGACCUGUAUCUGGAGAGAGGAGGAGAUCCCAAUAAAGAGCCACCAGCAGUGAUACACUAUGAAAUUUGAAAGUUGUUCAAGUGCUACAUCUCCGUCAGUUCUCCUGGGGAAGAAUUCUUGUCUAGUGUUCACUGGCAUGUGUUAACACUUGUUCUUCAAUGCUCAGCUGCUAACUGCAAUGAAAUAUAUCAAUGACACCUACUGUGCUAGUUUUCUUCUGUUGGUUUGAGAAGGCUGAAUUACAGCUAAUCAAAUGGAGUGACCUUUGCCAUUUUUCUGAACGGGAUAGCGUCUAUGGGGCAAAAUUAUGAGUGCAGACCUAGGAUUGCUGGUCAUUUAUGUAUCUUGUGCACAAACAUUCCUCACCUGUGCCUGUUUAUGUAGGCAAUACUGCCUGUAACCAAGGCAUUUAAUGCAAGGUGCUGCUGGGAAUGGAACUGGAGUGUCACUGUAUAGUGUAAAAUGACAGGCAGAAACAGAUUGGCAAGUGCCAGUCCUUGGGAGUCGUGUACUGUGUCUGCCCUUAGUGGGAGUUGACUUUGAUCUCUUCCAGGUCUAGAUGCCCUCUCGAGUGAAGUAACCAGUAGGAAGCACUUAUAAGGCACAGAGCAUUGCAGUGUGUAGCUUGAAACUGACAGCAGAACUGCGUGGACAGCAGCAGUAUGAAAAGGCUACUGAGCAAGUUCAGCUCUGGCCAGGUCUGCUUUGAUACAAGUACACACGUGCCCAUAAUUGUUCCUUUAUGGCCUGAGUUCAUCCACCUGGCCUGGAGUUACAUCAGACCCAUGACAUCUGCCUGUUUUACUGCAAACCAUUGGUCUUGGACCUCCUAUAGCUUCAGCAACAGUUUGCUUGGAAAAGUUACACAUACAGUUAUAUUAAGCUCCUAAAUUUGUCCAGCUACACUCUAACAUAAAGGUUUUUUCCUCUUGUUGCUGGAGGAGACAGUACCUUUUGUACUAAUUUACAGCGAAUCUUCUCUCAACUCUGCCAUGCUAUGCCUUAACCCCACUGUUCAGUUGCAGGAGUGGGUGAUCACAGAAGGCUGAAGGCUUGGGCCACUCGAGGUGCUUCCUAUUAACUGGGUGCUGUGCUCUGCUCCCAGCACCCUCUCAGAACUUCUAGUUUUGUGCUUUAAGAGAAGCAGGUAUAUAAAGACAGUGAUUCACGGUUUUUCCAUCUGUACAGAUUUUAAACGCCAAAUUCUAAAGGGACUGUUAGCUUGGUUUUUGUGUAGGGGUUUUUAUAAGGGUAUGUUCAAGGAAAUGAUAGGAUUGAAUGCUAGGACAUAGUUUUAUUUGCACCUAAAUAUUUAUGACUCCUUUGGAGGUGCUGAACAGUCAACAUUCCCCAUAGCUUUUGUUAGCUGGCACCUUCUCUUCUCAUUGCAGAAAUGCUUGCUUUUAAAUUAUAGUCAGCUAUGCUUUAUC